AGGGAAAAACGUCUUUAAUUAUGGCUCUUUGCAAUCCAGGAAUCGAGAAUAGCUUUAAUUACGUUGGUCCCGCUCGAAAAAGCGGGUCAGCCUUGGAAUGCUGGCCUGUUGCAAAACCGAACCGAUGGCAUCGUGGGAUGGCAUUUUGACCACAAUCUAGAACAGUCUCCGGGCGCCUCACUUCUUCAGCCGCUUCCGCAUUCUUUCCAAUCUCCGCUGGAAAUCCUGGUCUGGCGGCUGCUUUACUGGAACUCAACUCCCGCGGAUGAGGACCUUCUUCCCACGCCCCCCCCCCGUUCCUUCCGCACGGAGGAGGCGCCUGAUAGCAACCCAGAACCCCACGUGCGGGGCGCUGGGGGCGGAACCUCCCCUUUCGGUUUGGGGUAGGGAAGCGCUCCCGCUCCGCCUCCAGCUCCACCCGCGCAAGGCCGAGUGACUUUCGAGCCCGGCGCGGAGCAUCGGGCAUAUUUCUCGUCGUAGCUUCCCAGUGGCGGCUUAAGCGCGAUGCCUAGGCGGCUCUCCGGUGCCGGACCGCGGCAUCAGAUGCCGCCCGCCGCUUGCCUCAUCCGGGCGGUCGCCUGCUUGCUGUUGGUGCAGGUCCCCGGCGCGCAGAGCCUCGGCCUCUACUCGCCCGGUGACCUGCUGGUGCAGCUGGAGACCAGGACGCUGGAACGUCGCAUCUUCAACUCCACUGGCGCCUGGGUGGUCGAGUUUUACGCCUCCUGGUGCGGCCACUGCAAAGCCUUCGCCCCGGUUUGGAAAGGGCUGGCCAACGACGUGAAAGACUGGAGACCUGCUGUGAUGCUGGGAGCUAUAGAUUGUGCUGAUUUUUCCAAUAAGAACGCCUGUUAUAAAUUUGGAAUAAAGAGCUAUCCCACUGUGAAGUUUUUCAAGAGGUUCUCCCAGAAACCUGAGGAUGGCAUAAAAUUCAACAAUAAUGAAAAAAACAUUGAAUCUCUAAGAGGGACCAUAAUCACUUUAAUGGAGAGUCAUGAAGAUACGUGGCCUUCUGCCAGCCCACCUCUGCGGCCAACAAGUGUGACGGAACUUCGUGAUUUCUUUCUGGUAAACAACGUGACUUAUUUGGCCCUGAUAUUUGAUGAGGACAACUCCUUUUUGGGCAGAGAGGUAGCACUGGAUAUGCUUCAAUAUGAAAAUAUUGCAGUAAGGCGAGUCCUACAGAGCAAUGAAGAGCUAGUGAAGCAGUUCAACAUCACUACCUUUCCAUCUGGCCUCCUUGUGACCAAUAAUGGUUCUUGCAGAAGCAUCCCUGGGCAUGCGGAUUGGAGAUCCCAGUAUACUAAUUUUCUGCGGAACUUAUCUGGAGUCUUUAGACGAGAUAUUUUCAUACCAACGGUGUCCCCCACUGCACAGUCAACAAUGACUUUUACAAUUUGGAAGAUGGCAGACCAGAAAAAGAUAUACAUGGCUGAUGUAGAAUCUGCAGUACUUUAUACCCUAAGGACAGAGGCUGCAGUAUUCUCCAACCUUGAGGGAGAGCAACUCUCCACUUUGAAGGACUUUGUGUCUGUUUUGGUCCAGCAUUUUGCUGGGCGGUUAGUAGUCAAGAAUUACCUUUACAACCUGGAUUUGUGGCUGAGACCAAAGACAAACAUUUCACGGAGUGAAUGGGAGGACGCUCUAAGGAACAAAAAGGAGUUUCCAAAUGUCACGUUACCUGAGCAACCUCACUGGAUAGGAUGUCAAGGAAGCAAAUCUACUUUCCGGGGUUUUCCAUGUGGACUCUGGACUCUCUUCCAUCACCUGACUGUUCAAGCAGCAUGUCAAAAACAGCCUACUUCCUCGGGUACACCUGGAGUUCUUCCUACAAUGAGAAGAUACAUCCGUAAUUUCUUUGCCUGCAGGAUGUGUGCAGAACACUUUGAAGCGAUGGCAGCUGAGUCUAUGCAUGAAGUGAAGAACAGGGAUCAGGCUAUCCUGUGGCUUUGGUCAAGGCAUAACAGAGUCAACGCUCGCUUGGCAGGUACAGAAAGUGAAGAUCCCAAAUUUCCCAAGAUCCAGUGGCCUCCCAAAAGCUUGUGUCCUUCAUGUCAUUACAUCUCAACUGAUGGAAAAAAGUUUUUGUGGAAUGAGAAUCGAGUCUUGAUGUUUCUCAAAUGGCAUUUUUCUGAAAAAAACAUUUACAUGGAUUCUCCCCUAGAGCAUCAAAGAAGAAAUGGUCGAGAUGUUGCUCAACAAAAUCAUGAAGAUGAACGGAAGCUGGAAGGGGGAGGAAGAGGAGAAGAGAAUGACCAAGGCAAUCAAAAGGAGUCAGAUGAAGAGAAGAAGGCAGAGCAGCUAGAGGCAGGGAAAGUGGAAAAGAAGAAAUAUGAUUUGGGAAAACCUGGUUCUCCAGAGUGGCAUAAACCAAGCAUUGUCAAGAUGAGCACAAAGGCAAAAGGAAUGGUGGAGGAUAUUGUUGAUCUUGAUACAUUUAGUGAGCAGCAUUUUAAGAGCAAAGCCUUGAAGAUGGCAAGACAGGUUAGCGACAGAGAGAGGCGGACUAAGAGGGACACUCGGCUAUUCCUGAUGGAGAAUGAGGGCCACCGCUCACUUGAUUAUAUUAGAGAGUCCCUGAGGCACAAGAACUUGGGAGCCAAACAGUUCUCUGGCAUCCAAGUGGAAAAAGAGAAUACUUUGAGGGGAAACCAGUGGAUCUAUAUUCUGGGAAUGGGUUUCUCCCGGUUGGAUGUCAGCUUGUGUGUAGUCUUGUAUUUGCUUUCUUCUGUCUGCCUGUUGGGCAUGUACACCUUCUUCCGCAUGCGCAUGGGUUACCGCAAGGCCCGGUUAGGCUACUCAUUGACAUGAAAUUGAAGCAGAGGUACAGCAGCCAUUAGGUAAUGGAAGGGGCAUGUGCAUAUCAGUUUUAUGUGGUGAUCUUUCACUAAACUAACAAUUCCUGUACUGAAUAUACACAGAUGAAAAAAAAAUACACAGAUAAUAUAUUGGUUAUGAAGGAUGCAAAUCAGUAGAAUAGUAGUGGACCUCCUAAAACGUAUAGAAAUUGCUACUUCUAUAUUUGAAAGAGUACCUAGUGAACAGACUGGUCUGUUUUGUCACAGUUGCUAGAUCAUUUAUAUAUAUUUGUGAUUCUGUACCAGAAUAAAAUAGGUGAGUGUAGUGACAAAAGGGGCAUGGAAUCAUAUUUCAGAGCACACGGUGACAGGCUGAUUUUCUGAGAAGUCAGGGGCUCUUUAUUGUUUUGGUUUGUGGUGGUGGGAGAGGAUUAAUAAACAGAAAAGAUUCAGAUCUCAUUAGAUAAAUGUAGUACGAUCCUCUUUUAAACAGUCAGAACGUAACACAAAAACUGUUGCUGUUUUAAGAGAAAAAAAAGCACGAGAAGUUUAGGACCAGCAACAAAGUUGUAUUUCUGAAAUCUUUGUGCCUUGUGUCUUGAGGUAUGUCCAAGCCCUGUAACAUGGUAAAGAAAUGUUAUGGUCUAGGUAUACAAGCAGCCUAAAAUACUGUGCUGGAAGAUCUCUUGAACACUUUUAAUCUGUUUUCCAAAGCUUCUGUGCCACUAUAAAAUUACCCCUUAGUAAAGCCAGAUAUAUGGCGUUGUUUGCAAAAAGAAUUAAGUUCUCCCUUCCAUACCCAUCUAAAAUAUAAAGCUUGGUUUGGGAACUUGAAUAAUUUAAUCCAAUCUUAGAUAGCUGGGAUCUAUAAUGCUGGUAUCAGUUAGUUGAAAUGACCAGUAUUUCUCUCUCUUUUUUUUUCAAAUAAUCUUACUAAGAAUUACAAGUAGGAAAAAUAAAAACUAAUAACAAACUAUGAAAAAUAGAAAAAUAGAAAAAAAUACAAAAAAGAAAGAAAGGAAAAACAAGUAAUACUCCCCUUCACCCUGGCAAAUAAAUACAUUUUCAGUAAUUUAGUACUAUCUCUCUCUAUACACUCACAACUCAUUUAUUCACUAGAAAACAAAAUUCAAAGCUUUGCCAUUUGUUCUUUGUCAGCAAAAGUCCAGUAAAGGAAACCAGAUAUAACUAAUUUUCUGUUUUAUCCUUGAUUGAAUAAGACAACACUGAAUUUUUAACAACCUUAAGUUUUAAACCCUUUAAAUAUAGUCCCAGACUUUAAUAGGUCUCUUUUGUAAGUCCAGUAAGGAAAAAGUUAUUUUUAUGGUUUAAUUGUACAUCAUUUGGCAGUGAAAUAUCCAUCAGUUUCAUUUGCAUAUUCAGUAUAUCUUUAUAUUUUCUGCUUGACACAGUUAAGUCUAAUUUCAUACUUAUCCAUUAUAGCUUAUUCUUUUUGUCUAACUUCAUUGUCCCAUGUUCCAUCAUAUCAAAUAGCUUUGAAGACCAAUAUUCAAAAACAUACAUUAAGGCUUGUUGCUCCAUUAUUUAUUUCUUUGUUAACAAAAUUAAUGUAUUAUCCUCUAGCUUCCUCUGGUGCCAAACCUUCAAGGUCCCAUUAUCAUGUUUCCUCUUUAAAAAGCCCAAACAAUCACCAAUUCCCGCAAGAAGAAUUCUUCUAAUUAAUUCAAAAUUAUAAUUCCAGGGCUAUCUGGACUUUUAAUCCUUGUUACCAUUCCAAAAUCAUAUUCUAUAUACCUUUUUGCUGUUUAAUUCAAAAGUUAAUAUUUUUCUAGAGCCUUUAAAAUGACAUUUAAAGCAUCUUUCUCCAAGAAGGUAACUCACUCAAUGAAUACAGCAAAUAUUUUCAGGACAAUAAAAGAAAUAAUUCAAAAAGUGAUUAAGAAAUGAGGGCCAGGCAGGCUUUAUGUCUUUAAAAGGCUACUCUACAAGUAUGAGCUUGAUAGUUCAGUAUCCCUCCACUCUAGCCACUCAACACAUAAGCUGACCACAAAACAACCAUUCCGUGAUCUACUCACAAGGAGGAGCUAUCUGGAGUCACAUGGGUUAUCUCAACAAUCUCUCCUUCCUCCGGAGAGAUUUUGCUGGUCAUUCAGCAACAAAUUUCCUUGUACACCUGGUCCUUCUGCCAACAGAAUGUUUCUCAAUCUCAGGAACUUGCUGUCUAGACUUCAACUCCCAGAAUUCACUAACCAGCUUGCUGAGGUUGAGAAACACAGUAGUAUUUCAAAUGAUAUGAACUCUCAUUAGACCAGUGAUUCUCAACCUUUCUAAUGCCGUGACUCCAUAAUACAGUUCCUCAUGUUGUGGUGACCCCCAAGUGGGUGUGGCCACCAAUAAGAGGGAGUAGGACAGCUAGGGAAAAGGGAAAAAAAUGGCAGACAGCAUGCUUUGGUGACCCCCGUGAAAUGGUCAUUCGACCCCAAAUGGGGUCCCGACCCACAGGUUGAGAACCACUGCAUUAGACGGUAGUAUUUCAAAUGAUAUGAACUCUGAUAUCAUUUAAUGCUGUAGAAUAUUUAAGGCUUCCCUUGGUACAAUGGCCUUUCUAACAAUUAUGUGCCAUAUGAUUAUGUGUCUAAGGUAAUAGUAUGGUUAAAAUAGAGAAAUGAAGGGUCAGUAAAAUUACUACUCCCAAUUAAAAUGUUGCGGUCUGUGGGUCAAAGACUUAACUAAAUGUUUACUAUGAAUCAUAUUUGCACUAAAUGAGAAACAUUAGACUUUCACAGGUAGCAUAUAGUUCAGACCAGCCUGGUUCCAUAUUGUAGAAAAAAAUUUCUGAGAGUUUUGAAAUACCGUUUUUUGAUAGAACAAGAUAUUUCUUUAAUUGCAAAUUGCCAUUGCAUUCUCUUAUGGUUGUUUACAGGUGACAGUAAGCACCGGAAUUAUAUUUUGUUUGUUUAAUAGUUGUAUGGGUAGUCAAGGUAAGAUGUACUCUAUACUCUAUAUAAUUCAAAUUAUAUAAAUGUCUUUCAUACACUCUGUGGUAAAAAUGAUGCUACCAUUGCCUUGUUUCUUGUCUGUUAACAUAAUUGUAGUCUCGGCUAUUAAUUUAUUCAAGGGACAGUAGAUUUGAAAGACUAUUCUAAAAACCUGUUAAUUCUUCUUCGCUAUCAUCUGUUUAAGAGGUUAUAAUUCGGUGUGCUUUUUAGUCAGAUUUUAAUAGCUAGGGUAGGAAUUAAUUCUUCUACUCUCAUGGAACAUAGGAACAUACCAGAACUACUCUCAAAAACUAUGUAUUGCCUCAAAAAUUAAUUUCAGAGUUCCUCAAGUCCUAAUAUAGUUGGUACUAUUUGUACAUGUAUGAGAGUAUGUGUGCUUGGACAAGGAUGGGGAAUUUAAAUGAUUUACCAAAUGCAAAGGAUUAAUACAAAUAAUAGAAGUAUUCCUAAUAACUCUAUGUAUUCCUUCUUUUCCCCUUACGAGCAAAACUGAGAACAGUUCCCUUCCAUUCACACAGUAUAUGGUGAUGGAGACUAUUAGAAGCCAGAAUGUAUUCUGUUGAUCAGAUCUAUCCUAUAAACGGCCACUUGAUUAUCCUAUAGUGACAAUAAUGAUGUCUUCUUCAUUCCUUAUAAUGUAAAAUGCAGAUGAAGAUCAAAACUAAAAACCAAAAUCACAGAGUAGGCCAAUAAGAUUAAAUAGUAUGUCCUUCUUGAUCAGAUAUAUCUCUGACUCCAACUAAAUAAGAAGGAACAUAGUAUUGAAUGAGGUUUGCUGGUCACAUUCUGCUUCAUAACAAAUGUGGUUGAGACUGGGAUGGAGGAUGGGGAAUUACCAAGUCACAUAUUUGUGCCACAGACUUGACUGCCCAAUAAAUAAGUGUUAUAAGUAUAGUCUACACUGAAGUUGCUAAUUACAUGAUCUUCACAAAUAUGCCUUGUGUUCCCAGAAUUUCUAUGGCAGUCUACCUCAAAAGGUCAUUGUAGAGAUAAAUUGUCCUUAACCAUCUUGCCAUAUGAUAUAACAAUACAUUUAUCUAUUAGAUUUUUCUCUUUUAUCAUAAUGCUGGUUGCCUUGUAAUGGAACACUGAAGGAGCCACUUUAAACAGGAAAGAAGACUUUUCGGUUAGCUUUUAGUUCUUCAGAGCCAUGUGAGGCUGGUUUAUGGGUCUAGGACAACUCAGCAUGGCCAAUUCGCCACAGUUGUGGCCAAGUCACUCCGGGACAGCUCACCACAGGACAAGAGUUACACUAAUAUCAAAGAAAUGGUGGAAUAGAAUCGUUAAAGAAAGGAUGUAAAAGGAGGGACACAAUGAAAUGCGAAUGAUAAAAAUUAAGACAUUUUAAAAAUUAUUUUAAAUACUUGAAUUGUUGAAUUAUCUCACAGCGCGUUGCCCCCUGGUGAGUUGGCCGUGCCAAGUUGUCCCAUUCCACUGGUUUACUGCAUUUUCUUUGUAUUCCACCAUGCUGUGUGGAAACGGUCCAAAAAGCCUCUACCCAAAUUAUUUGACCUAGUGGAAUAAAUUUAUUUUUGCUAAUAAAUAAAUGUGCGUACGUA